GAAGAAAAAAAAAUUAUUCUCCUUAUUUACAAGAAAGUAAAACUCAGAAUAUAAUUUCUUUUAUUUGAAUAAAUAGUGCAAUGGACGCAAAACAACCAGUUAAACUUGCAAAAGUCAUCAAAGUACUAGGCCGUACUGGUUCUCGGGGUGGCGUAACUCAAGUUAGAGUUGAAUUUAUGGAUGAUUCAACUCGUUCAAUUAUUCGUAAUGUUAAAGGACCAGUCCGUGAAAACGAUAUUUUGUGUCUUUUGGAAUCUGAACGUGAAGCAAGACGUCUUCGUUAAAUCAAUAAAAAAAUUCAUAUUUAUUUAUGGACUGAUAGACUGAUUUACUGGAGGGAACUAUACUGAAAAAAAAAAUGGUUGCAAAAUUUUAAAAUUUGUUAUUGAUUUUAAUGUUGUUAAUAAAUUUCCUUAGUAAUCAUAUACAUUAUAGGUUGCAAAAUUAGUUCUUCGAUUUUACAAGAAGUUUUAUUAAUAAACUUUGCUAAUAUCUAAUUGAUAGCGAUUAAAAAAAUGUU